AGAUCAGUGUCAUCGACGUGAAGUCUCAUCUUUCCGUCGAGAAAGAUCCCAACAACUUUCAGAUUGCCGAAAUUCGAAUUCACGACUCCGUUUGCAUUGAGAUUCCGGGUUCUGAAGAAACGUCUCUUUUAGGAUCGGUUCUCCGAUGAAGUCGAAGCUCGAAUUGAAUCGGAUUGAGUCUUUUUUCUUCUUUGUAAUUCCGCUUGCUUGUGUAGUUGUGGAUUAGAAUUUAGCUUUUUGAUUAGAAUUCGGCAUCAAGACUUGACUUUUCAGUGUUAAUUUUUUCAUUUGCGUCUUCCUUGUUAAAUCCUAUUCGAGUUUAGGAAAGAAAGACUGGUGAUUUAAUAUAGUGUCGCCUUUUUCCUUGUUAAGACUUUGAUUUCAGCUUUUCGUGGAUCAAUGUCUUCUUCAGUGUCAUAGUUAAAGCUUGAUUUCCUUUUGCUGCUCUAUUGCACAGAAUAUUCUGCUGUGUAAAUUCUCUGUUUGUUCCUGUAAAUUAUCUCUCAAUACUAUGAUGUUGGAGGAGCAGAACAACUAAACACUAAACAAGCUCUAAUGUUACUUUUUUAAUCCUCAAAACAGGUCAAGAGUUGUUCUGCAACAAAUGCAACUACCAUUGAAGAGCCUGCUACUGAGUUUGUCCCAACAAUAAGUUCUGGGAGUUAUGCGGAUAAGGGUGACUACCGGGAGUAUAUGGAAGAUGAACACAUAUGCAUAGACGACCUUUCAGCUCAUCUUGGGUCUUCCUUCUUCAGUUUCCCAGUGCCCAUCGCUUUCUACGGUGUAUUCGAUGGCCAUGGUGGACCUGAGGCAUCCCAGUACAUAAAAGAGAACGCAACGAGAUUAUUCUUUGAAGAUGCUGUUUUUCAAGAAUUGCCUUCCAUUGUGAACACCUUCUUCUUGAAAGAACUGGAGAAGUCUCACCGUAAAGCUUAUAGGUUAGCUGAUCUCGCCAUGGAAGAUGAAAGCAUUGUUAGCGGUUCUUGCGGAACAACCGCCUUGACCGCUCUUGUAAUCGGGCGGCACUUAAUGGUAGCUAACGCUGGCGAUUGCCGUGCAGUGCUCUGCAGGAAAGGAAAAGCUGUUGAUAUGUCGUCUGAUCACAAAUGUACGUUUGAGCCAGAACGUAGACGUGUAGAGAAUCUAGGAGGGUACUUUGAAGGUGAGUAUCUCUACGGUGAUCUCGCUGUUACAAGGGCUCUUGGAGACUGGUCGGUGAAGAGGUUUUCACCACUCGGAGAAUCUCUGUCACCUCUGGUAUCAGACCCGGACAUUCAACAGAUGAUCUUAACCGAGGAAGAUGAGUUCUUGAUUAUGGGAUGUGAUGGUGUUUGGGAUGUGAUGACAAGCCAGUAUGCUGUUACAUUCGUCAGGCAAGGACUCAGGAGACAUGGUGACCCGAGAAGAUGUGCGAUGGAACUUGGAAGGGAAGCGUUAAGGCUUGACUCAUCGGAUAAUGUUACAGUGGUGGUCAUAUGCUUCACAUCAUCACCAGCUCCUCAAAGGAGAAGAAUACAGUUUUGUGUUUCUGAUGAAGCCCGAGCUCGGUUACAAACGAUGCUUGAAGGCUAAUUCGAUUAAAGUUUUUGCUCGGUCUUGAGGGAGACAAUGUAUAUAAUAGAGAAGCAGAGAUGUGGUUUUGAGAUAAUCAUCCCCCCUCAAGGCAAAAGAUUAUUUGAUGACAUUACAUCUCUGAUAUUUGGAUGUAAUAAAAGAAGGCAAAAAGAGAAGAUGAAGGACUUUUUGUUGUUGUUGUUGUUGAAUGUUCAUAAGUGUUGUAGCCAUUUUUGAUCUUGUUUGUUUGGCUAUUUCUCCGGUAGGAUUAUUGAGCACUUAUGUACAAAAACUGAUUUAAGAUUAGAGGCAAA